AUGACUUCGACAGACACUUAUCAGUUAAAAUGGCAUUCACACAGUUCGCAUUUAAACGGUUCUGUAGCGGCUUUGCUACGGUCAGAGAGAUUUACAGAUGUAGUUUUAUGUACAAUGGACGGGUCUCAAAUCCCGGCUCACAAGUUUAUUCUAAGUUCAUGCAGUGUAUAUUUAAGCAGUUUAUUCGAAGGCCAGCGAUCGGUGACCCGAAUGGGAGGAAUGUUAUAUGUAGUUUUGCCUUCGGAAAUAUCUACCAAAGCACUGAAGAUAUUGGUAGAGUAUAUGUACAAAGGAGAAACAACUGUCUCCAAUGAGGUCUUAGAUACAGUUUUAAAGGCUGGCGAAGUUCUGAAAAUUAGAGGCUUAUGGAGGCAAACUGAUGAAGCAGGGGGAGAUUCCAUACCUGCUGAAAAGACCAGCACCACUGCAACUAGUGCACCUAAGCCAGCAAAAAAACCUGAAGAGCAGCCUAAGAUUACUGUUAAGAAAGAUGACAAACUUCUUAAAACCUUUACUCCUGUUCAACAACAAGGAGUCACAAGGCCAAUGUUCAUCGGUCCACCAAAGCUUGUUUUCAUCAAGACAUCUGAAGGUGGCACCCAAGCCUUACGUCCUGGAGCUCCAGUCAAAGGCCAAACUAUUUUGGUAGCUCCUGCUCCCACCACAGAUACAACUGCUACAAUAACAACACCAACCCCAUCAUCUACGGUGACUAUAUCUUCUAUAGAAGAUUCUGAUGACACUCCUCCCCCCCGUAUUUUAAGAAGGCAUGCUGCAGAGCGAAAGUAUGGGAAGAGACAAAAGGCUGAUCCUAUGGAAAGUGAAGAGUCUAAAGAAGCGGAUGAAACUGAUAAUGCAUCAGUUAGUUCUAAAAAAUCAUCACAUAGCACGACAGAGAUAAACACCGAGAUGCACAUAAAAGACGAGCCGGAAUGGGAUGCGAGUAGUAUCGAAGAAGAGGAGCGGUCUAUUGCAGAGAUGUUCCAAGCGGAGAUGAGUGUCAAGUCCGAGCCAGUAGAUGAGAUGGAGAUUGAAGAGGAGAGUCUGCUGUACAGCCCGCUGGCGUGCGAGCUGUGCGCGGAGGUGUUCACGGUGCCGGCGGCGUGGGUGCGCCACGUGCAGCACCACGCGCGCGACCACCACCACCCGCGCCGCCGCAAGCACCGCUCCGCCAGCGAUGACACAGAAGAGACAAUGGCCCUGUUGAGAUGUGAUCUUUGCCAAAAGCACUUCCCCAAUCCCGCGGAGUGGGUCCGCCACAUACAGAGCACGCACACUGAGUCAGAAUUGGCCAUAUCAAACAACAGUGCCCCACCAAAACGUCACAAUCGUUUCACAGAGGGCGUGCAAAACAAGACUUGUGCCCACUGCAAGAAGACCUUCCCCUCGCACGCGUCCAUGCUCAUACACAUGCGCACACACACAGGCGAGCGUCCGUUCGUAUGCGGGCUGUGCAACAAGGGCUUCAACGUGAAGUCGAAUCUGCUGCGGCACCUGCGCACGCUGCACGACCAGGUCAUCAGCCCGGCGCGCCUCGACGACGACGAGCCGCCGUCGCCGCCCGCGCCGGCCUCCGCCCCCGCGCCCGGCACCAGCGACGUCAAGCGCGAGUCU